AUGGCACUCAUCGUCAAAAGCCACCUCCUGGUUUUACUAUUCCUUCCAGCUCUCAUCAACUUCACCUUCACCCAGGCCGCACAGUUUGAGGUCACAAACAGUUGCCCCUACACGGUGUGGGCAGCUGGUUCCGCCUUCCCGCUAGGAGGAGGCCAACCGCUGGAUCCCGGCCGAUCGACCGUCUUAAGCGUGGCAACAUCAGGACCCCUCCGUGCUCGCAUAUGGGGCCAAACCAAGUGCAUCUUUUACUGGUGGGGACGUGGGCACUGCGAGACCGGUGAUUGUGGAGGCCAGCUCUCUUGCGAACCGUCGGCCACCGUGGCGGAGUUCUUCCUUAACUGGAAGAAUAAUGACUACUAUGCUAUCUCAGUGAUAAGUGGCUUCAAUGUUCCGAUGAAGCUCACUCCAACCUUUGAAUGCCGUGGCCUCCGAUGCGACGACAAUAAGUGCCCUGAUGCUUAUCUUUAUCCACAGGACAAUACUAAAUCUCACACUUGCCCAUCAGGAACCAACUAUAGGGUCGUCUUUUGCCCUCAAGAUUAG